UGCUCGGCAGAAGCCAGGAUAAAUUCUCAGCCCUCCUGCCCGGAGACAAAUCUACGAGAAAUAGUUUUGCUCACCCACUCGGUUCCUCGGGUGACUUAAUUCUGACCCACCCACCCACUCCACUGUUUCUCCCACCUCCCUCCUUUGGACGGCUGCUGGUCAGCAAAUCCAGUCCAUUCCCACCCACCCACCCACCCACCUCCCUAAGGAGAACCUUCUCACAGCUUGAUCCAGCUGGACCAUCUGGAAAAAGAGAACAUUAGAAAGCUGCGGACAAACGCCGGGCGAAGACACCGAACCUUUUUACUGCAAAAUUAGGGCCCGGAAGCUUCCGUGCCUUUUUGCCCUUUGGCUCCUUUGAAGACUCUGGCAGACUCAGAAAGCCUCAAGUCAACAGGCAGCCCGACCCGUCCCUGCUGCGUUGCCCCAUAAAAUACUCAGGAAGCCAUGAAAUUCUACCUCUUACUCUUCUUCUGGGCUGUUCUAAACGGCGGCAUCUCGACGUAUCGGCCCCUCGCGCUGGCGCCCUGCAAAAUGAGAAACCUGGAGGCGUUUUGUCAGAACGUGGAUCUUCACCAGGUGCCUCCAGAGCUUCGCCCCGACGUGUCUAAAAUUGACGCCUCCGGAAAUAAGAUUCAAAAUGUCACCGAGACGCCACUGACCUUCUACGCUUCCCUCCGACACUUGGACUUAAGUUCCAACCUGAUCGGAUUUGUCCAACCUGGGGUCUUUGCAGAGAUGAAGAACCUGCAGGAUGUCAACUUGGCCAACAACCAGCUCUAUCUGUUGGCUCAGGAAGACCUGUGGGUUGGGUUACUACCCCAAGUCAGGAGACUAGAUCUGUCUCGCAACAGUCUGUACAACGGGAUGGCCGAACACUUCAUCCACCAGGCGCCUUCGCUGCGACAUCUUUCCUUGGCAGAAAACAGCAUCAUACACAUUUCCCAGAACAUGUUCCAAGGGACUCCAGAGCUGGUGGAAGUCAACCUGCACAACAACAUGAUUAUGGAGAUAGAAGGAGGCGCGUUUGAGAGUCUGACGUAUCUCUCCAAGCUGAAUCUCUCCAUGAACUCCCUCACUUGCAUCGUUGAGUUCAACCUCAGGCAGUUGGAAGUUCUCGAUCUCCAUCGGAACAGCAUCGAGUCCUUCCACUCCACCCAGUCGGAGGAGGAGGAGGAGGACUUCAACUUGAUCUGGCUUGACCUGAGUGAGAACAAGCUCCUUCGCUUCCCCAUUCUCCCUCAAAGAAACAAGCUGGCUUACUUGAACCUAACCAACAACCUCAUGCAAUUUGUUAUGGUGGACUUCCAUAGCAACGUCGACUACCAGUGGGAAGAUUGGCCUCAGUAUCCCAACAAUUCCCUUCCUCCCUACUUACCCGCCCUGUUAUCCUUGGACCUCAGUUACAAUGAGAUCCAAUCCAUCCCAAGCCAAUUCUUUGACUCCAUGUUGUCCCUCCAAUUCCUUAAUUUAAGCAAAAAUUGCCUGCAGACUUUUGAGACAAGCAAUGAGCUGGCCUCGUUGUCCAUCCUUGACCUUAGCUGCAACUCUUUGAAGAACCUUAAGUUGGACACCAAGACCUUGAGUGGUUUGCGGGAGUUCCACCUCCAAGACAACCAUCUUCAAGAGCUGCGUCCAGAUAUCUUUCAAGGUCUCCCGCAUCUCCAGUGGCUUGAUCUGAGGAACAACAAAGUCCACCUCUGUGACUCGCAUUCAGGAUCAGGAAGGCACCGAUUGUCUGCUAAAGUUCCUCAUGGUUGUGUCUCGUUUGUGCGAGUUCCCGAACUUCAAUAUUUGUAUCUUUCGGCCAAUCAUUUGAAGAACCUACCCAUGUACAACUUCUUUGGGACUAAACUUAGGGUCCUAGAUGUCUCCAUGAACUGGGGACUUCAGAUAGAAGCCAAGUCCUUGGUAGGCUUGGAAUUCUCGCUGGAAUAUCUAGAUUUACAUGGGAAUGGCCUGACCACUCUCAAUGUAGAUUUUUCUCUUUUUCCUCACCUCAGAUAUCUCAAUCUAUCGUACAAUCAGCUUAGCUGGUUGCCUCCUUGGUCAGAAGACUGUUGUGUCCUUGAAGUCUUAGAUCUUCACAACAACAGCUUCAACAGCUUGAAAAAUAGCCAGAUUCCAGCUCUGGAGAAAAACUUACGGAAUUUGUACCUAGUAGGAAACCCGCUGAGUUGUUGUGGGAACAUCUGGCUUUCUCAAAUGAUCCAUAAAGCCGUGGUGGAGAUCCCUGAUCUAGACUUAGUCAAGUGUCAGUUUGCCCGGAGUUUGGGAUUUGAGGAAGAAGAAGUCCACGUGAGCCACGUCAAACCAGAAGACUGCGAGAGAGAAGACCUCAAGAAAAUUAGUGUUUUGAUUUUUUUGGCGGUUCUGCUGGUUCUCUCGUUGAUUGUCAUCGGAGUGGGUCUGGUUUGUUGUUAUCGGAGACACUUAUUUGGGCGCCAUUACAAGGUGUAGACCGAGAGAGAUCUCGCACAGUUGUGUUUCCAUCUCUUGGACCCUGGACAACACCCUGGAGCCAAAGGGGUAAUUCGAUUCCACUAGGGAGUUUUUCAAAACGCUGUGAAAGUUCGGAUGAUAAGAUUGUGAUUCAUUCUUACAUCCAAGUGAUCAUUCAGGGAGAACAUGGGCGAAGAUACUCUCUUAUGGAUUCAGGGAGAACAUGGGGCCAAGGUACUCCCGUAUGGAUCUAGAAUUGGGCUUCCCAACCUUGGCAACUUAAAGAAGGAGAACUUUGAGGUUCUUCUUAAAGAAUUUAAGAAGAAAAGAAAACCUGAAAUGGUAUAGGCUUUCCUGCUUGAGCAGAGGGUUGGACUAGAAGACCUCCAAGGUCCCUUCCAACUGUUAUUCUGUUAUUCUGCUCCUUUGCAUAUAUCUAGUGUAAUGAAGAGAAGGACUAGGGUGACAUGAUAGCACUCUUCCCAUAUUUGAGGGGCUGUCACAGAGAAGAGAGGGAUCUACCUAUUCACCAAAUCCCCUGAGGGCAAGACAAGAAGUAAGAUUAUCAAAGAAAAAAGCAACCUAGAACUAAGGAGGAAUUUCCAGACAGUGACAACAAUUAACCAGUGGAACAGCUCGCCACCAGAAAUUAUGGAUGCUCCAUCACUGGAAGCUUUUAAAGAUGAGAUUGGACAAACCAUGGUAUAGGGUUUCCUGCUUGAGCAGGGGGUUGGACUAGAAGACCUCCAGGGUCCCUUCCAACUCUGUUAAGAUGGGUGGACUUCAACUCCCAGAAUUCCCUAGCCAGUUGUACAUGACAGAACGAGCACAUUAUGUUAUAUUCUGUGAUCCUGUUAAAAUUUUCUGGAUCUAUUUUGCUCGGAGGAUGGACGAUAAAUUAAGACGCACACACAUCGCUCGCCUAAGGUCAUCCUAGGAUUGUAAGGGGGCAGUCAGAGAUGCCAAAAUGGCGGCUGCAACCCUACAAUGAAAGGCCUGGCCACUUUUUAUAAGCGUGUGAAACACAACCACAAGUGAUACCAUCGACAGCUUCCACCUCACACUGUUCCGGAUUUGUGGAGUGUACUCAAUUGUGUCCUUUGUUGGAGUCAGGGGCUCAAUCGCAGGGAUGCAAGAGGUCAAAAAAGUCAAGAUGGCGGCCACACUGAGGCGAUUGAUGGCACCAUUGCGGCUGCCAUCUUGACUUUUUUGACCUCGCUGGGUGCAGACACCCCUUGCUCAGUAAGCAGGAAGGUCUGAAGGGAUACAAAUAAUGGACCUCACCAAUAUUAUUGUUAUAUUAUGUUAUAUUUGCACUGUCUGCUUUUAUUGGCAAGCAUGAAGAAAUGGACAGAUCUUUCGAAACAAGCAAAAUACUAUAAAAUUACACUCAGAUACUUUUUCAUUUUUUGCGGGGGGCAAUGAUAUAAAAAGCAGGGACUUUGAUUGGCGGGAAGGAGAUUUCUCCCUUCUGUCUGUUUUCUCUGAGAUCUCUUAGUGGUCUCCCGUUCAUUGCCUCACCCCCCCUCUGACUUUUGCAUGGGAAAAAACAGACAGAUCCUUGCAAACCAGCCAAGUACCAUAAGCAUUGAUAAGUUUAUAAUAAGUUUAUAUACCUUUAUAAGUACCACAAAAUCACACUCAACUUCUGUUUCAUUGGUGUGUUUUUUAAAAAAAAAAUAUAUAUGUGAAGUAUUUCCUUUUGUUUUGGGUUUUUUUCCUCAAGGUUUUUUUCCCCCCAUCCUGCCUAUUUUCUCUGAGAUCUCCUAGUGGUCUCCCAUUCAUUUCCUCACCCCUCUGACUUUUGCGUGGAAAAAAACAGACAGAUCCUUCCAAACCAGCAAAGUAUUGAUAAGUUUAUAAUAAGUUUAUAUACCUUUUACAAGUACCACAAAAUCACACUCAACUUCUUUUUCAUUGGGUUUUUUUAAAAAAAAAAAUAUAUGUGAAGUAUUUCCUUUUGUUCUGGUUUUUUUAACCCCAAGG